AUGGCUGAGCCUCUGCUCGGGGUCAUCCUCGCUACCUCCUCAUCGCGCGGAGAGCACGUCGUCUUUCGCUGGCCGAACAACCCCAAGCUCUUCAAACGCUACUCCAAGGUCAAAUACUACACCGAAGCACGCCCAUCCCACCUCAACCGUCUCGACGAUGAUCUCGACCCCGUGCGCCAGAAGGCAAAGUGGGAUCGACACGACGAGGACGAUGACGAUCACGCCGAUGGCAACACCGACGGUGCAGGUCAGAGCGAUACCCCUUCCUCUUCUGACGUGGAAGACUCUGAUGGCACCAUGGCCGACGACGACGAGAACCGCUCCGUUCGGGAUCGCGCCGAGACAGUAGCGUCACACGGCCGAUCCAAGACAGGUGCGAGUGCAUCUGCCAACCGCUCAAAGAGCAAAGUCAGGCGAGGACUGAUGGGUAUGGAAGAGGCCAGUCCCAGCGUGAGGUCAGGGGAUCGACACAACGGAGCUCACAAGGAUGCUGGCGAUGCACACGACAAAGCGCCAGAGUCCGAUACUGGAACGUCCAAGGAGCUCUCGCCCGAGGAAAAGGCCAAAAGAGAAGAGAGGGCUGCACGAGCAUACAAGACCUACCUCGGCUACGACAUAGAGCUUCUUGCCAGCAUCCUCAAUCCUCGACAGGAGCUCACGCAUCACAAGUUCGAGCUGAUGAUCGACGAUCUUGCCUUUCUCGGUCAUCCGGUGUCGCUCGACAGAAGCGACAUCUUAGGAGGGCAAGACGACGAAGAUGCCGACGCCGAAGGGCACGACAGAUCAGCAGGUCAACGUGGUCGAUCCGGGCUGCGCAAGGAGAUUCGGCCCUACGAUGUCUCAGACGGCGGAGAUGCUUCCAAGGAUGCAGCAUGUUCAUUGCGGCAGAACGGUGGCAAGACGGAAGCGGCUGCACCGACCAAAGCUCGGAAUGCAUCGCAGACCCGAAUGGAGCAGACGUCGGAUUCCUCGGUGUCCCGGUCUUACGCGCCACUGACCCAAUUCCACCUCGUCCUCGUCCUAGACCGACCCGAUCCGUCCACAGCGAUGCAUGGCAUGGACAUCUCUUCCUGGCUCCAGCUUUUCUACGACAACAUCAUCUUCAAGAUGACAUCGGCGCUCUUUGCGGAGCAACGGGAAUCCGACUACAUUGGUCGCGAGACCGAAAAGCUCCUGGCUCUCCGAGAGCGCUGCAUGGACGACGGACAGGCAUAUGCGGCCUACGCAGCUCAGUGUCUCGGCAUUUCAUCCUUGGCACGAUGCAUCCGAGACCUCUACAAAAGCAUCAGUACCUCGUCCGACGCCUUUCUCACCAUCAACGACAAUAUCGAAGUCCAUCUUCAGCUUCCGCCCAUCCUCCAGGAUCCGUCGAAUCUACUCAAGACGGUGGACAUCGAGACAGAUCUCGACAAGAAUGAUCCGAUCUUCCUGUCGGGCGGCGGGUUUUCAGGGCUCGGCAAGGAAGGGCAAGAUGAAGACGGAGGCGGCGGCACUCACGACCGGCUCUUGGGCCUCGAACCGAAUCAGCUCAGCUUCGAAGAGUGGUGCCGCACCACAGGCCCCUAUCUGUUGCCCUGGAAGACGCUCCUCUUGUUGCACGACCAUGCCGAUCCAGGACGAGACCGAAACACAGCGGGCAGCUCUAGCCCAUCUGGUGCCCUGUCGCCAAGCGGGCAGGCACCAGAAACGCACGGCUUCGAGCAGCUCACGCGCAACUUCACGGCCCUGUUUCAGCCAAAUCUGUACCACACGCUCAACUUCAGCGAUGUUGCCGAUAUGCUCGGCUGGGAGCUCUACGAGGAUAUCUAUCCUAUGGUCCGCCACCUGAUCUACUACAGACAAGCGAGGGUGAUCGACAUUCCCAAACCCGGCCACGUCUACGCCAUCUCGCCCCUCUUUGACUUUGCUCGACUCGGACCGCUCUCUCAUGUCUGGGCUCGAUCCUUUCCGGAUGUCGCGCCGCUGCCGGUGUUUCUGUCCCAGCUGUCGUCCUCUUCGCGCGCCUUCUAUGCUCUAUUCCCGGCGCGACAUCAGCGCGAGCUCGCGCUGGACGUUCUCAUCUGGCUGCUGCGUCGCGAGGUGGUGGUCAAGAUGCACAUCCGUCUUCGCCUCAUCGCGACCGAGAGCGUCAAGAGACGGACGGCCGAGAGGCGGACGGAGAGACACGAAAGGCAUCGCGUUAGGAAGGAGAAGAAGAUGCAGAGGGCGGCCAAAUCCGAGGCGAAACGGAUGAAGAAGUCGCAGUCGGAGGAGCAGCAGAGGCGGAAGGCGGCUGAGCAAGCGGCGCGCAAGGAGGAGGACGAAGAUGGCAGGAAGUCAGGCUCAGGAGAAGAUAGGGGCAGGAUCCGAGCGAGGGAUCGAUCGCGGUCAGCAGACGCACGAAGGCUGUCAGCCUCUCUCGAAGAGGGUUCGAGCGAAGCUGCAGAGGUGCCACCUUCCGGUCUGGCCGAUUCCAGACCACCGAUCUUGGUGCACCCGGAUAGCGUCGCCGAAGCGGCCGCUGUUGCAGCAGCCAUCUCGGGAGCCGGAGCCGGUGUCGAGGAGCGUCGAUCUGGAUCUCACGAACAUGGUCGCCAUCAUCACCACCAUCAUCACCGUCACCAUCAUCGCCAUCAUCACCAGCCCGCAAACGAGGCGACGGCUGAUUCCGACGCCCCGAUAGCCACAUCUGAAAAGGCGCCGAUCGCCAUCGCCCCACGACAGCAAUUCGACGAACUUAAAUUCGAACGUCGUCCGGUGCUCCGCUCUCGCUCGCCUUCGUCCGCAAUGAUGGCGGCAGGAACCAGCACAGGCCUCUCCGUCAGCUUCAGCAACCUCAGCGAACGCGGCGAACUGGGACGUCGGGCGCGUGCAGACACUACAAGUUCGUCUUCCUCCGGCGGUGGCCUGGCGGGCGGCAAGAAACGCGAUGGGAUGAGCAUGACACCCAAUACAUCGCAGCAGAGUCGACCGACGACGCCGGUCGUAGCUGGUCGGCCCAUUCCCUCGCAUAUAAGAGACAGGUCGGUUGGGGCCCGCGGAUCGAACAUCUCCUCGAGCGCCGAGGGCAGUGUACCGCGACGUGCGAGGCGGGCGACGAGCUCGGCGAGCAGAGGAGGCAGGAAAGGGGUGGCACGAUCAAGGUCACCAUCGCGGGCGAGGAUGAGAGUCAAAGGCUUCGGUGUCGGCGCCGAAGUUGAGAUCGACGAAGACGGGGAUGACGAGGAAGACGAGGUAGUCCCGAAGAAGGGAUCGCGAGACAACUCUGCAGAGGACAGAAACGGUCCGAUCAGUCAGCUCACCUCCAAGGUGGGCUUGCUCCGACUCGCCGACGAGGGCAAGAACGUGAUGAAGCAGCGACGCAUCUCGGCAGCCAGCGAGCGACCCGACCUGCCUCCCCCUUCCGAAAGCGCCGACAGCGACCACCCUAGCCACUGCAGCUGCUCCCAGCAUCCAUCCUUGUCGUCAGAGGACGACAUGUCGACCUCGGACUUUUCCCUCUCCUCCGAUUCCUCCUCUUCCACCUCCUCGGUCCGACGGCGGUCGCAUCUUCAGUCGCCCCCCUCCUCGUCGUCCGUGUCCGCCGCCAGCCCGAUCCAUAACCGCGCUCCGCCCUCCUCCGUCUCCUACACCGCCUCGCUCAUCGUCGAGCCGUCCCGCGCAAGUCGCCGCGAGAACGAAUACAUUGCCACCAUGCUCGAGCACAAGGACGCCGCCACCGUCAAGCACUUCUUUCGACUACUGCCCUACCUCAAUGGCAAACACACCAUCGACGAGAUCGAGUACCGCGUCAAGAUGCGGCGCAAGGAGAUCCGACGGCUGCUGCAGACGUUCAGGGAGUUCAUCAUUACUUUCAUGCAUCCGUAA